CCUGUACUAUGUCCGCAGUCUCUGGUCAUCUCCUGUAGUACGUCCACAGUCUCUGGUCAUCUCCUGUACUGUGUCCGCAGUCUCUGGUCAUCUCCUGUAUAUGUCCGCAGUCUCUGGUCAUCUCCUGUAGUAUGUCCGCAGUCUCUGGUCAUCUCCUGUACUAUGUCCGCAGUCACUGGUCAUCUCCUGUACUAUGUCCGCAGUCACUGGUCAUCUCCUGUAGUAUGUCCACAGUCUCUGGUCAUCUCUUGUACUGUGUCUGUAGUCUCUGGUCAUCUCCUCUACUGUGUCCGCAGUCUCUGGUCAUUUCCUGUA